AAAAUACAUUACUAUUAGUACGUUGCCCACGGUUAUCAACGUUAGACGCGUGUACAACUUCAUAAAUAAGGAUUCUGUUAUUUUUUUAAGACAAAUUUCUUAAACGGAAACAUGAUUCUGGUACUGAUAGUGCAAGUACAAAUACAAGCAAUGUCAAUGAUGAGAAUAAAAUAAAAAAGGUCAAUAGACAAUAUUGCAACGAUUAUUUAAAUUUUGGGUUCACUUAUGUUGACGAAAAUGAUUGUCAAAUUCCCCUUUGUGUGGUUUGUGGGGAAAAGUUGUCUAAUAGCGCAAUGGCGCCAGCGAAAUUAAAACGGCAUUUAUCAUCUAAGCACGCCAAUCUCCAGUCUAAAGAAAAAAAUUAUUUUGAAAGGUUGUUGAAUAAUCAAAUGAAUCAAAGAAAACAUUUUAAAAAAAUUGUAACAAUAUCUGAUAAAGCACAAAUCGCAUCUUAUAAAGUUGCCGAAAUAAUUGCAAAACAGUUAAAACCACACACCAUAGCAGAGAGUUUGAUUUUACCGGCAUGUUCAGAAAUAGUUCAAAUUAUGUUUGGCGAUGAUGCAAAAAAAAGAAAUUAUGAAAAUUCCGCAUUCAGACGAUACAAUAAAAAACAGAAUUAUACACAUGUCAGAUGAUAUUGAGAAAACUGUCACUAACAAGCUUACUACUAAUAAACUAUAUUUCGCUUUGCAAAUUGACGAGUCUACUGAUAUCAGUGGUAUAGCUCACGUACUAGGAUUUGUUCGUUUCAUUGAUGAAAAUAAAAUAGUGAAUCAAUUUUUAUGCUGUAAACAACUUACUGAACGUACAACAGGACAGAAUGUUUUUGAUUCAAUUUCGUCAUAUUUAGAUAAAUUUAACAUAACAAUG